UACUGAUAACUCGCUACAGAGAAGAGAAGAUGCCACGAUCUGAAAGAAGAACUAGGGUUUUCAAUCUGUCGAACCCCUCUUAUGCUCUCUCUCUCUCUAAGAAAAUGAGUUACUUUGAUGGAUACCAAAGGUCUGCUCAAGGUGGAUCGGAACCCACAACGGCAGUAUGGUGCUGAUUGGAGGACCAACUUGCCACCCCACGGGGGUCAAAAGGUUGCUAACUGGACAGAGGGCUCUUUUCAUAGGCUUCUUCCUUGUUCUGGACCAGAGCAGCUUCAAAGAAUCAAGAACCUUGCAAAUAUAUUUGAGGAGAAGAGCUACACUGCUGCAACAAGCCCAGUAUACCCAUCAUUUUACAACUUCUGACUCUUAUAAUAUUGAUUAUGCGAAAAUAUUAGCUGUGAAGAUGGUGCAUGUGGAGAACAUAGUGGCCAAUUUUCUGCCGCCAUCCAACUCUGCCAGUAAUAACAGGAGUCCCCCCAAAGCAGGCACAGCUUAGGAUGAUGAAGAUUUUGAGAUCGGUUUGAAAGCUGCUGAUGGGAACAUUGUUUUGCCCAGGGGGCUAUUAUUAUUAGUGGUCUGAAAGCUGCUGAUGGGGACAUUGUUGGUCAUUAUGGACUUGGCCAAUUAAGUGGAGAGGUUGAAUAAUUUCAUCUGUUAUAUGAUGAUCAAGUAAUUUGGAUUUGCUGGGGCCGACCCCUUUCCAAGUUAUUUGUAUUUUCUCCUUUUUAUAAUAUAAACGUCUGGAAAAAACUUUGGAGUUUGGCAUAUUUGGGUACACAUGCAAGCAAUUUACCUGAGUGGCGUGGUGUAUAUGGAUUCCUUCUGGCUGCAUUAUGUUCUUCUCAUAUGCCAACGGUUGCCGGGGUUUUUUAGAUGUUUGUCUAUGAUGAGUGGCUGCUUUCUAGUAACAUGGAUUACAUACAGGAAUAUUAAGUGCAGAAAGGUUGGGGCAGUAUCAUAAUCGUCUUUUUAA